GGAGGAGGGGGGAACCUGGUUCCUCUUUGGGAGGGGUUGGGCAGCUCAGCUCCCCCCCUAAAAAGCCCAGGAAGUGCUGAGGAUUUGGGGUGCCCCCCUGGGGGGUCUGGAGAGAGGGGGCGCACUUGGCAUCGUCUCCCCUUCCUCCUCCAAGGACAAGAGAGCCGUGAAGGGUAAAGGGGGUGGGGGUCAGGUUGGGGUGGGGGGUCAGGCUGAGGCGAGGGGGGUGCCCCACUUUGCACCUCAGAGGCCGCCUCCGAGCCCCCCAACUCCCCCGCCCCCCCCCGCCGUAGGGCCGAAGGAAACAAAAGUCUGGGUUGGUUGCAGUUUCUUCCCCCCCCACCCCACACCACCACCCCCCCAUGGAAGAGCCCGUGACCCACGGCGGAUCCCACGCAGCCCCAUGGCUACCCAGCAGCCUGCAGAGUAGCUGAAGCGGGAGGUAGCCAAUGUCGUCCAGCAAAGGGGCGGGGGCUGGAUCUCGCCGGCGCCGGACGCGCUGCCGUAAGUGCAAGGCCUGCCAGCGGACGGAGUGCGGCGAGUGCCACUUCUGCAAGGACAUGAAGAAGUUCGGGGGCCCGGGGCGCAUGAAGCAGUCCUGCCUCCAGAGGCAAUGCACGGCGCCCGUCCUGCCGCACACGGCCGUGUGCCUGCUCUGCGGCGAGGCCGGGAAGGAGGACACGGUGGAGGGGGAGGAGGAGAAGUUCAACCUGUCGCUCAUGGAGUGCUCCAUCUGCAACGAGAUCGUCCACCCCGCCUGCCUCAAGAUGGGGAAGGCGGAAGCUGUGAUUAACAAUGAGAUUCCCAACUGCUGGGAGUGCCCCAAAUGCAAACGAGAAGGGAAAUCCAACAAGGACUCGGGCGGCGACGGGGCCGGGAAGCGCCGGGCGGACAACGGCGAGGACGGGGUGCGCUGGAAGCUGACGGACGAACUGGCCCAGCACAAGAAGAAGCUGCUGCCGGCCCCGCCCCCCGCGGACGAGCCCCCCGCCAGCGCCCACAAGCGCAAGAAGGAGAAGGAGCUGCCGCCCCCCGACACGGGGCCCAAGAAGAAGUUGAAAGGCGGGCGGGAAAAACACUUGAAGAAGGCCUCCGAGCAGCCGUCGGAGGGGAGCAAGGUGCAGCCGCUGCCGAGCUGGGGCCGUGUGGGGAGCGGCGACUUGGAGGUGAAAGGGUCCAUCUCCCACUCGACCAUCCACCUGAGCCAGAUCGGCCCCAGCGACCUGGAGAAAACCAAGGCACCUCAGGGACCGCUGGAGCCUUCUGCCCAGUCGGACAAGUCUCACCAGCGGGAGAAGCUGGAGCGCUUCAAGCAGAUGUGCCAGAUGUUGGAGCGGGUGAAGAACAGCAGCAGCUCCAGCUCCAGCUCCGACUCGGACUCGGACACGGACUCGCGGGGCUCGGAGGGCUCCAGCGGGGGCGGGGGCUCCAGCCGGGCCGCCUCGCCCGCCUCCCGGGCCCAGCGCCUGGCCGCCCUGGGCUUCAGCGCCAGCGAGGAGGAGGACGAGGAGGACGAGGAGGAGGAGGAAGGCCGCAACGGGGGCUCGGAGGCGGCCCGCAACGGCAAGCAGCCCAAGGGGCCGCGGGCGAACUGUCAGGAGAAGGAGAACCACCACCGGGCCGCCAGCAGGGGGAGCGAGCGAGCCAAGCAGCAGGCCGGGGGCCGGAAGGGGGGCCGGCCGGCCGGGCAGACGGGCCUGCACAUGGUGGCCCGGACUCAGUUCCUCCAGUGGCCCCUGGUGCCCUCGCCCCCCAAGCCCCUGCUGCAGUUGGAGCGGCACGUGGUGCGCCCGCCCCCCGACAGCCCCGAGCCGGACUCGCUGCCCCUGGACAGCGGCUCGGACCACGUCAUGCAGCGCGACGUCUGGCUGGCCGUCUUCCAGCACCUCAGCUACCGCGAGCUCUGCGUCUGCAUGCGGGUGUGUCGGACCUGGAGCCGCUGGUGCUGUGAUAAGCGCCUCUGGACCCGCAUCGACCUGAGCCGCCGGAAAUCGAUCACCCCGUCUAUGCUGAGCGGCAUCAUCCGCCGGCAGCCGGCCAGCCUCGACCUCAGCUGGACCAACAUCUCCAAGAAGCAGCUCAUGUGGCUCAUCAAUAGGCUACAGGGCCUGCGGGAGCUGGUCCUUACAGGCUGCUCGUGGUGCUCCGUCUCGGCGCUGAGCACCGCCAGCUUCCCCUCGCUGCGGCUGCUCGACCUGCGCUGGAUCGAGGACGUCAAGGACUCGCACCUCCGGGAGCUGCUGCUGCCACCCACGGACAGCAAGCCAGGUCAGACCGAGGGCCGGGGCCGGCUGCAGAACGUCUCCGAGCUGCGUCUGUCGGGGCUGGACAUCACCGACUCCUCCCUGCGCCUCGUCGUCCGCCACACGCCCCAGCUCGCCAAGCUGGACCUGAGCCACUGCAACCACGUGGGUGACCAGUCCGUCAACCUGCUGACCGCUGCUAACUCGCCCCUUCGCGACAGCCUCGCCGAGAUCAACCUCUCCGGGUGUAACCGCCUGACGGACCAGUGUCUGCCUCUCUUCCGACGCUGCCCGCGCCUCUCCCGCAUCGAUCUGCGCUCCUGCCGCCACGUCACCCCCGAGGGCUGCGCCCGCUUCUGCGAGGACUCGGGGCCCCCGGCCCCCCCGCCUGCCGGGCCGCCCUUCCGCUGCCCCGAGGAGAAAUUGCUGAUCAAAGACAGCUAAUAGCCGGGCGGGGCCAGGCUGCGCCAGAGACUUGAAGAGACCUUUUACUAAAGCCAUGCACUGAAUCU